CCUUAUGGUAGGGGUUGACCGAUAAUCGGCCUGGCCGAUAUUCUGCAUUUUUAGGGUUAUCGGUAUCAGCCAUAAUUUCCACCGAUAUGCCGAUAACAUGCCUUUUUGCAGCCAUUUCGUUCCUAACGCGACUGUCACUGCACGUCCUUUCCUGCACUCGCCUCUCUGAGUUCAAGAACACGGUCCUGCCCACCACAACAUCUGAUUUGUUUGGCACAAGAGAUAUAGCAAAUCGACACGUGUAGCUAAAUGCUGUGAACUGUUUCAAGGCGGCCGUACGCGCACUCGGGCAGAAGCGGCACAAGGGAUACAGCCAAUCAACACGCAUAGCUAAACGCUGUGAACUGUUUCAAGGCGGCCGUACGGGCACUCUGGCAGAAGCAGAUCCCACUUCAAGAUCUGUCUCUGCUGCGGUUUGUCAGAGCUGAACUGACGAGAGGAUAUUUUUUGGAACACAAUGAGGCCAAAUACACAGAAAGGAGAGAGAGAGUCUAUACCUGCCUGCGCAUCCCCAAAGAACUGGAGAAGCUGAUGAUCUUUGGCUUCUUUCUGUGUCUGGAUGCAUUUCUAUACGUGUUCACACUGUUACCCCUCAGAGUGCUGCUGGCACUCAUCAGGUUGCUAACGCUGCCAUGCUGCGGACUCAGUGACUCUCGUCUCCUUCAGCCGGCUCAGGUGUGUGAUGUGCUGAAAGGCUUCAUCAUGGUGCUGUGUUACUCCAUGAUGCACUACGUGGACUACUCCAUGAUGUACCAUCUGAUCAGGGGGCAGUCAGUGAUCAAGCUCUACAUCAUCUACAACAUGCUGGAGGUGGCAGACCGAUUGUUUUCGUCCUUUGGGCAGGACAUUCUGGACGCUCUUUACUGGACAGCCACAGAGCCCAAAGAGAGAAAGAGAGCUCAUAUAGGUGUAAUACCCCACUUCCUAAUGGCUGUCCUUUAUGUCUUUCUUCAUGCCAUUCUGAUCAUGGUUCAGGCCACCACUCUAAACGUGGCUUUCAACUCCCACAACAAAUCUCUGCUCACCAUUAUGAUGUCCAACAACUUUGUUGAGAUCAAAGGCAGCGUGUUUAAGAAAUUUGAGAAGAAUAACCUCUUUCAGAUGUCCAACAGUGAUAUCAAAGAAAGAUUCACAAACUACGUGCUCUUAUUAAUUGUAUGUCUCAGAAAUAUGGAGCAGUUCUCUUGGAACCCAGAUCAUUUGUGGGUGCUGCUUCCUGACGUGUGUAUGGUCAUUGCUUCGGAGAUGGCUGUGGAUGUCGUGAAACACGCCUUCAUCACCAAGUUCAAUGACAUCCCAGCAGAUGUGUAUGGGGAAUACAGAGCAAGCUUGGCCUUUGAUCUGGUUAGCAGUCGACAGAAAAAUGCAUAUACUGACUACAGCGAUAGUGUAUCAAGGAGAAUGGGCUUCAUCCCUCUUCCUCUAGCUCUACUGCUCAUUCGGGUGGUGACGAGCUCAGUGAAAAUUCAGGGUGCCCUUUCCAUCGUGUGUGUGAUACUUUUUUAUCUGGGUAUGAUCACACUAAAGGUGCUGAAUAGCAUCGUGUUGCUGGGAAAGUCGUGUGUGUACGUGAAAGAAGCGAACAUGGAGGAAAAGCUGUUCCAGUCACCCCCCUCUGCUGCUCCCAGCCGAGCGUCCAGUAGAGCUCAUCAUGCGAAACGCACACGAGAGCCAACAAGCGAGCCAGUGGAAGAGGGCAUAUCUCCAAUUAUAAAUCAACCCGUCCACCAGAUGGAGAGCCCUGUGCCUGAUCUCCCAACCAGCGAAUCAGAUCAGUUCCUCACGACGCCAGAUGAAUCGGAGGAGAAAAUAAUCACGCAGGAUGGAACAGAACUCAUCCACAGAGUACCUAAGAAAGACCUGCUGGAGAUCGAUCGUUUCACGAUCUGCGGGAACCGAAUCGACUGACACUUGACUACAAAAUGACGAAAGCUAGACAGUUUCAACUGGCUUGACCUUUGUGACCUUUGAUCACUUCACUUUGCUUGAAGGAUCAGGGUAGAAAGAGAGAACAGAGCAGGAUAUUUAUUAAGAAGUGCACCUAAUUUAUUUAAGUUUCAAACUGAGACACUCACCGUUACCUUCUCCGCUGUACUGGACUUGCAGAGAAUUCCGGCCUUUCCGAAGGUCCAGACCAUUUUCUCAGACAGCACCAGGAACAGACCUUGACCAUUCACCAUCCUGACGGACAGAAAGCGUGACUGAUCACUUCAGUGACUAAACAGCACACCGAUGUUCAUAUGAGAUCAAUCAGAACUAAACUUUAGGUCAUUUUGAAGUGGUGGCUUAAUAUGCGGUAUUUUUUUUCAUGCUAAGUUGCAUUUUCUUAAAGUUCUGAAAUUGCACAUUUCUUUCUCACUUUGCUUUUUUUAUUUUUUUUAUCAUUUUUUGUGAAUCAUGUAUGCUUGUACAGAAAUGACAGAUGGGUAGGUAAGACUUUAUAUAACGGGUUCCCUUAGCUAACAUUUCGUUUUGCAUUAACGUCAAGAAACAAAGCAUGAGUAAUGUUAGCAAAGUAACAGGGCAAGUUAACAGAUGUGUUGAUUGCCAUUUGUUCAAAUGUUAAUAAAAUACACCUGUUUAUUUAGUCCAUGGAUGAAAAUAAGUCUAUGUAAAUGAUCAAAAACUUAAAUAGCUUCACAUUCCUAAAAUCAAACUUUGGUCUGUAGGUGUAAAUAUUGAACUUUUGCCUAAGUCCGAGUUCUGAAUUUUGCCAGUUAACAACAGCAAAUGUUCAAUAAGGUGUCUUGUUGUUCACUGUGAGCUUCAUUUUGCACAUUAAUUGUUGAUAAAUGCAGGUUGAAUAUUUGAAACCUCUAUUAAUACAAGUGUCAGAUACUGUGCUUUGUUACUUUUGGUGCAUUCAUGCUAAAAUUUGCCGUUAAUGUUAACUGAUGCCUUAAAUGUCAGUUACGGGAACCUUAAGGUAAAGCGUUACUGAUGAAUAUCUGUGUAAAUUGAGUAGAGCAGCUCAGCUUUGUUUGUCUGGAUCCAUAAGACCAGCAUUAGACUGAAAUAUCCUACUUCCUUACGUUUUCUAGAGUCACUUUGGACCACUGAAAUUAAGCACAAAUGUACAGAGAAUUUUCUGCAGCAUGUCCAAAGUAUCAAAUGUAAGCUGUGUUGUGUUUUUACAUCCUUUUUAUUUUAUAU